UCUGUUGAGCGACCUGCAGCCUCCUGAUCCGCUCCAGGAGAAUUAGCUGAAUUCUGCAGAUUCUCUAUGAAGCGACCAGAAGGAGAAUCUGCUGCCCUGCAAGGUGAAGACGGCCAUCAGCCAAUCAGGACCAGGCUUUCUGCAGGACCCGCCCCCAGCAGGGCUUACACCCCGACGCGACGCGACGCUCCUGCCGGUUAUCGUUGCUCAGGACUUUGGCUCCAGAAAACGCCGCGUCCGCCAGAAGCAGUAUGAAAUCAACGUAUAAAGGCCUUUAGCUGGACCAGAACCGUCCCCUAGCCUCUGACAACCUGCUGUCCGGGCGCCUCCCCGCAGGACGCCUCUACCAUGGCUGUGCUCACCCACCUGCUGGCCAUCCUCUUCGGGAUGGGCUCCUGGGUCUCCAUCAACGGCCUGUGGGUGGAGCUUCCUCUCAUCGUGCCGCAGGUCCCAGAGGGAUGGUACCUGCCCUCCUACCUGUCCAUCCUCAUCCAGGCGGCCAACGUCGGGCCGCUCGUCGUCACUCUGAUGCACCGCCUCCGGCCCGGCGUCCUCAACGAGGCGGCGGUCAUCUACGUGAUCGUGGCGGUGGGCGCCGUGGCCAGCUUCCUGCUGGCUUUCUUCUGGAAGGAGACGGUGGUGGUGGCCGGCGGCCCCCGCAGCCUGGCUCUGCUGGUUCUGACCUUCUUCCUGGCGACUGUGGACUGCACCUCCUCCGUCACCUUCCUGCCCUUCAUGAUGCGCCUCCAGCCACACUUCCUCACCUCCUACUUCGUCGGGGAGGGGCUGAGCGGCCUGCUGCCGGCCCUGGCGGCUCUGGUCCAGGGCGUCGGCCUGGUGCGCUGUGUCAACGGCAGCCGGUCCCUGAACCACAGCGGCCACGGAACCGGACGCCUGGAGGCUCAGUACCAGCCCUCCAACUUCUCCGCCGAGGUCUUCUUCUUCUUCCUCAGCGCCAUGAUGCUGGUGAGCCUGGCAGCGUUCCUGCUGCUGGACCUCCACCCGGCCGUGGCCCGGCAGCAGCCCGACCCGUGCUACUCCACCGGGUCCAGGGAGAGGUUCCGGAGCAGCCGGAAGAGGGCCGAGCAGAGGCCCAUGAUGGACCUCUUCAGGCCCCAGAACCACAAACCCAGAAGCAGCUUGGGUUCCAGCUCCUGCAGCCAGAAGCAGCUGAUCUUCAUCUUCGUGGUUCUGGGCUGGGUCAACGCCCUGAGCAACACGGUCCUGCCGUCCGUCCAGUCCUACUCCUGCCUGCCCUACGGGAACGGCGCCUACCACCUGUCGGCCGCGCUGGCCGCCGUGUCCAACCCGCUGGCCGGCUUCGUAGCAAUGUUCGUCUCCAUCAGGUCGCUGGUGUUCCUGGGCUUCCUGACAGUUCUGGGAACCUUGAUCGGCUUGUACAUAAUGCUGAUGGCGGCGCUGAGUCCCUGCCCCCUUCUGGUCAACGACGGUUCUGGCGCCGCCAUCAUGGUUCUCGCCUGGAUCCUCCUCAUCUUCUUUCUGUCCUACGUGAAGAUCAUCAUCGGGGUGAUCCUGCGGGACGAAGGUCACAGCGCCCUCGUGUGGUGCGGAGCGGUGGUGCAGCUCGGCUCCCUGCUGGGAGCCGUCGCCAUGUUCCCUCUGGUCAGCGUCUACGGCCUGUUCUCCUCCGGGGACCCAUGCGGCACCAGUUGCCCCUGAGGGAACCAUCAGGGGGACCCAUGAAGGUUCCCCAAUGAAUCCAAAGGGUUUAAAUGUUGCACUCUUUUAGUUUUUUGCUCUUUUGUUUUAUUAAAAAUCUGCACAUUUGUCACAAUUUUGUUUUAACUGCAUUUAUUUUCAUUUCAUUGUUUGCUUUAUGACAGUAAAAUAAAAAUCUCCAGGAAUCUUCUCACCCAGUCGCCUUCAAAGCUUUUCUUUCAGUUUCAUUGCAUCGCUAAAGAAUCUGAAUUUGGUGAAAAAACUAAAUUUUCAUAACAUUUUUAUAAAUAAUUUAAUUAAUAAUAAUUAAUAAAUAUUCUGUAUUUGGUCUCUUUCUGGUCCAUCAGUGUAACGUCAGUCGUUGGAUUUGCUGAAGUUGCUUUUGAAACAUAAAAAUAAAACUUCAACUUUUUAAGAAUGGAUAAAACGACACGUGGUUUCUUCUUCUAGCCGCAGUCUGAGAAAACUCCCAGCAUUCUCUGCGUCGGUCAGCCGCCACUUGUUCUUCCUCUUGACGCAGAUGAGCGCCCCCCCUUGGUGGAGAGGUAGAACAGCGGGUGGAUGACGCUGGCAGCAGACAACAGCAGGAUGGAGAUGGGCGUGAGGACGCAGCUGAACAGCUGCUGGUCCUGAAUCUGGAACUUCUGCAUGGCGGCCACCGGGAUGUAGCAGAGCAGGUUGAUGGCCGUGGUGGCGCAGA